AUGCCUGCCGGCUAUAGAGCGAACGGACAUAUACCACACCCCGGGAAUGGACACAUUAGUGAGUUCACUGCCACGGAUAAGUAUUACACAAACGGUGGACCGAAACUACGGGGCUGGACCAAUGGAGGUAUGCAGGAUCAUCAGUCAACACUGUCCCGACCCCGAUCGGCCGAGGUCAUCACGGCGAAUGGGAACGGCACGCUCCCUAACGGACGUCACAUGAACGGUGUGCUUACCCGUGGCCCGGGGGGAUUGCACGAGGAUCUAGAGUUCCCACCAACACCCCGAACACUGUCCAAGAAGAAGCAAAUCGUUUGGAUGCGACCGCACGAUAUGUGCGCAAGACCCCAGUUUCGUAUUGCCCCACCAGGAACACCGCUCACCGCCCGGGAGCUACCAGAACCCGUUGGUCCCGGUGAUCCCAGCCUACUAGCGGCGCUCGGUUGUCUUUCGCAGCUACCGAGACUUCUGGAGCGUGUCGUCCCACCGGAACAAACUUUCGACACCGCCAACGGAUACUGUGGAAUGUUCAAAUUUCGCUUCUGGCAGUGGGGGAAAUGGAUUGAGGUGCGAGUUGACGAUCGACUUCCGACACGUGGAGAUCGCCCCGCACACAUGCAUUGCGCUCAGCCGGACAUCUUUUGGGCGGCACUGUUGGAGAAAGCCUACGCCAAAUUGUAUGGAGGAUAUACCUUCUUGAAGUACGGUACGGUCGGACGGGCCUUGCAGGAUCUUACAGGAGCAGUGGUACAGAGUGUACCACCCAGUGGACCACUAUUAGGUGGAGCUGUACCCAGAUCAACACUCUUGAUCGCCAUUAGUGGACUGGAAAAGGAAACCAAAAGGCGUCGAUCAGGGCUGCUCACCGAACAUCCGUACUGCGUGACCGGCCUUGCGCGGGUGCGAGCCAACUCGAACGACUCCGUCACACACGGCAGCAGCUCGUCUGGUGGGGACACAAGCCUGAUACGACUGCGCAGCCCCUGGAUCGGUGGCGAAUGGGGCGGCGUCUGGUGUGGCGCUUGGUCCGAACGCAGCUGGGAGUGGAACGCGCUGAACGAACGCGAUCGCGAACUGCUAUCAUCGCGCUCCUCCAACGACUGCGAGUUCUGGAUGUCGGUGAACGAGUUUCUGACGCGCUUCGUCGUCAUCUGGUUGGCACACAUCGGCCCGGACGAUUGGGCGCUCGAGCCCGGUCUGCACACACGCGCCCCCUGGCGGGCAGCGCUUGCCGUACGACAGUGGCGUGCCGGGUUCAAUGCGGGUGGACCGCACAAGUUCAUCGAGACGACCGCCACCAAUCCCCAGUUCCGGAUUCGGGUACCGCCGGGCCAUCCCUCCAAAGCGCACGUCGUAGUGGCCGUGGCCCAGAAGUAUGAGUGCUACCGGAGCCGGAACUAUGAGGAGGAGGAGAUUGGAUUUACCAUCUACGAGGUACCGCCCGGGAUGCAGCGCGUCACGCCGCAGUACGUGAGCGAGCAGAUGCCGCUCGACUUUGCCCCGCUGUCGAACCUGCGCGAGAUCGCAACGUUCUUCGCGCUGCCGGCGGGUGACUUCGUCGUGAUGCCGCACGCGGCCCAGCAUCGGGAGGGACGGUUCCUGUUGCGUAUCUUCGCCGAUCAGCACACGGACGUGUGGGAGGUGAACGAGGAGAAUCUGGUGAUACACAACAUUGCGGCUGAGUUCUGCGACGAGCGUACGAUCGAUGCUCGAAUUCUCUACAAACUGCGCGCCCGCUAUCCGCACGAAAUCGAUGCCACCCAGCUGCAAGCCAUCCUGAAAGCCCACGGUGGUAACAAUCGAGGAUUCCGCGGCCUUGGCGGUAUCAACUGUGGACCGUCGCUGGAGCUGUGCCGCGGUAUGUUGGCGCUGAGAGAUCCGGCGCUCGGUGGGCGUCUCUCGAUCGAGCACGUGCCGGCCUUGAUCGGGCUGAUGCGGUUCUGGAAGGCAGCAUUUCGGCGCUGCGGUCCCUCCUCGUCCGGCACGGCCACGCUCAGCCGGGGUAUCUGGGCGUCGAAGGUAUCUUCGUACUGCCUGCGAGGGUUGUUAUGGGCCGGCGGUGCUACCGCUAGUAAUAAAGUGCUGGAAGCACUGGUUAGCCGAUUCACACGCAGCCGGCAGAUAACGCUGGAGGGAUACCUUCUAUCGAUGGCACGAUUACAUUUGGCUCACGAGCGCUAUCACAGCUUGGAUGCCAAAGCGAAGGCGAGCCCUCUGUCGUUGGAAGAGAUGAUUCUUAUGACCAUCUACUCGUGA